AUGUCGUCGCCUUCAGGCAGAGGCUUCCUGAACUCUCUCACCAGCUUCUUCUCAGCCUUGACCGACCGUCUGACACCGUCUUGGCUAGAAGGAAUGGCUCGAGGCGUGCGCUUCGGCUUUGGCAUGGCCAGCAUCUUGCUGACCUUCUGGGUGACGCCCCUGAGGCGGUUUGGAACAGACGACCAGCGCUUGCAAGAGAUCAAGCGCCUAAACAGGCUUUGUGCAGAGAGAAUGCUGGAAUUGGUGCUCAGCCUCAAGGGCUAUUAUGUGAAGGCUGCGCAGACCUUGUGCGGUGCGGGGCAAUUCCCCGCCGAGUUCGAUGAGGUCUUUGCCGUUCUCCUCGACGAUUGCCCGCAGGAGCCUUUCGAAGUGGUCCAAGAAAUCAUCGAAGCGGAGUUGGGAGCCUGCAUAGGCGACAUCUUCGAGCAUUUCGACACCCAUGCCAUCGCCGCGGCCUCCAUCGCGCAGGUGCAUUUUGCGAAGCUUUCGGACGGCACCGAGGUGGCGGUCAAAGUGCAGUACCCGAGCGUAGAGCGCUUUUUCUACAUGGAUGUUGCAACAGUUUCCUUCGCCAUGCAGCUGCUCGGUAUGGGCAGCCAAGUUCAAGAGAUCUUUUCUACGAUGCAGGACCAGUUCAGACAGGAGUUUGACUUCACUGCAGAGGCUCUUGCUUGGCCCUUGGCUGUGGAGCAUGGGCGCCCACGUCUCAGAGGCGGGUGUGAUGCGCGAGCUGGCCGACAACCUGCUGCCAGGAGCUUCAGUAAGCGGCUGAGCUGCCCCGAUCCCGAACCGGACACCGAGGCCUGA